UGCGUUUCUCUUUUGAUGUUGUGUUUUGAACCAGGUGCCAAAGUGCAGAGAGUGGCCCCUCAUCUGACAGACUUUGAGAUUCCCACCUCGUUCUGGUACGAGCUGAAGAGCCUCACCGAGACCUUGAUGGAAAAUAUUAAUCUGAGCGUUACAGACGGUGCUGCCAGUGCAGUUUUCCAGACCAUGCUGACUGUGUGUCACAGAAAGCGACCUAAACUCUGCAAGCAGCUUCUAAGGCGCACCAUGGAGUACCUGACCAGCCGCAGCUCUGCCCCCGGAGUCAGUCCACUGCUGGUUUUCCUGAAGGACCAGGCCUCCAGUCGCCUCAUAGAGACGAUCAUUCAGCUAUCCCACAAAUCUCUGCUCCGUGACCUCUACAAGAACCACCUGAAGGGCAGCUUGGUUGACCUCGCCCUCCACCCCAUCGCCAACUUCCCCAUCCAGAGGCUGACGGCAGCCUCGGCCAAGUGUAAACUGUUCCCGAGGCUGUUUGACGAGCUGGUCCAGGGCGUGGAGGCCGUGUUGGCCGCGGGCCACAUGGGCGUGAUCGUCCAGUUAGCAGAAAGCUGCGCAGAGAGCGGAGAGAAGCAGGACGAGAUGAUGCGGUGCCUUCUGAAUUCUUUCCACUGCGCUGAGCCCGGCUCUCGACACGUCUGCUGCCUGCCGCUCUUCAUGUCCCUGCUCACCUAUGAGGUGUAUUACCAGUCUGACUCAACAGAGGGCAGCACACAGAAAGAGGUCCCGCUGACCUCCAUGUGUUACCACGGUUCCCUGCUGGUCCAAGCGCUGGCCAAGUUUAAGGAGCGCUCCCACCUUCUCAGCAGCCUGCGCUCCCUGAGCCCCGCCGACCUCCUCACUAUGGCCUGCGACCCGUCCGGCAGCCACGUCUUGCAGGCCCUCAUCACCACUUCCAGCGACAAAGGCAGGGGCAAGAUCCUCAAGAGACUGGAGGGCCAGUAUGUGCAAAUGGCCUGCUCCAAGUUGGGCAGUCGAGUACUUGAAGCCGUGUGGAACAGCGCGUCGGUCAGCCAGAGGCAAAGCAUCGCACAGGAGCUCGUUCCCAGUGAAAGUAAGCUGAGGUCUGAUCAGUUCGCUCGUCACGUUUGGGCAAAGUUUGCCCUCUCACACUUUGCACACAGGAGAGCCCACUGGCAGGAGAUCCAGACAGGAGAGUCCAAGAAACGGAAGCUUUUCAGCGACCUUCUUGAUUAAAAAUGUCAGAUUAUUCAAA